AUGGGGGAGAAGUGGAAGGAAGGGGAGGCCACGCUCCUCAGCGCCCUCGCGCUGUCGGCCCCGCGCGCGCAUCUUCCCGGGCCGCACCACCUCCAGCUGAGCCCCGUCCGCCAUCGACGUCAACCCAAUCGCAGAGGGCAUGGCGAGGUGAAGCACCGCUACAGCCCACGCUCCUCCGCGCCCUCCCGCCGCCGGCGACCACGCGCAUCUUCCCGGCAGUUGCUGCUCCAUCUGAUGCUGCUCGCCCCUGCUGGUUCGGCGAGGGGAUGCGGCGGCCGUGGAUCGCGUGGUGGAGACUGGCCUAGGGUUUCUAGGGGAGAGAAAUGGGACUGGGGAUUGGGGGAGAGGAUGGGAUCGGCGAUUGGGUGGGCGGCGGACCCCUAUGCCCAUGAUGACAUGCCCGACCGAAGCUGCCUCUCUCGCAGCGACCGACGAGUGGACCUGAACAAUGGUGGGUCCCACAAGCAGCCUCAGCCGGUCGUGCCCUGCCGCCCGCACGGCCAGGGCAGAGCAGCAGAAAACCUCCACGUCCCGGAGCCGCCGCUCCGGCCUCCAAGCGCAGCAGCAGAGCAGACACCUCAAGUCGACUCGUCGCUCGCCUCGGGGAGCCAGCCAGCACCCCGACCACCAGAGAAGCGGCGCCGCCGCGCCGCCUUCCAUCCACCAAGGCACACCUCUACCAUGGCCGGCAGGUGGCACAACCGCCGGGACGCCGCAAAACUGGGGCCACCACUACGCGACCGCCGCGCCGAGGCGCCCACCUGCUCCAUGGACCUCCACGCAACCACUGCGUCGAGGCACCGCCCGGCCGCCAACCACCCACGCGCAGUCCAGACGCCGCAGACGGCGAGGCGACGACGCGCACCCGGGGCCGCCGCCCCGGCAUCCCCAACUCCGGCAGAGAGCAUGCCAGCACCGGGCACCCCCUCCGCCUCCACCCGACACGAGCAGCAGCGCAGCCCCGUCUGGGCCCGCCAAGGCCCAGAAACGGCCCGGCCUGGGCAAACCGGCGCGCGUCCAGCCGCCGUCGCACCCAGCAGCACGCCCACCGCCGCACGCAGCUUCGCCCGCCGCCGCCGCGCCACCGUGGCCGCCCGGGGCGGCCACCAACAACUGCCAGCAGCGGCCCGCCCCGCCGACAAAAGCUCGCUGCGCGCGCAAGGGAGCGCCGCAGGACCGCCUUCCCGGGGCUGCCGCCCCGGCGUCCGCGCCAGAUCCGGCCACGCCGACCCCAGCCAGCCCCGCAGCUCCCGCCGCCGAGGACCAGAAGACGCCGCCGCCGAGCCGAGCGCCUGCCCCCGCGCCGCGACGCGAGACGAGCUCCCCGCCGCCGCCCACAGCCGCACGAGCUUUGCCCGCCGGAGCGCUCCGGCGGCGGCGAAGGGGAGGGGAGGCGGAGGGGGAGGGGGCGAGCCUGGCGGCUAG